AUGGCAAGAGGAAAGAAGCAUUAUAUGUUUACCCCCCUCAUGUUACAAUGGGGCGCUUGGCCGGCUCUUAACUGUACAAGAGGCAUCCUAGCCAGAGAACUGCUGGGCCCCGCCCCGCACUGUCCCGCCUCUGGUGUUAAGUGUCGCAAUAGGGUUUUUUGGGGGGAGGGGGGAGAAAUUGAACCCGUUCGUUCUGGAAGGUGUUGGAUAUAUCACGGCAUGCGGGUCAUCCGUACCGAUGCCAGCAGUGGGGGCACUCGCAGCUCUUCUGCUCCGCCGCCAGUUUCCUACGGGCCAGACUCCGGACUACUCGACAGAGGCUACGCGGGCUCUUGCUCUGCCAUGCUGAAAGUGGCCCAAAUGUUAUUGUUGCUGGUUGGAUUCAUUUGUGUCAGAUCUUCACAGUGGACAGAUCACAAUGCAUACAGCUACUUUGAAUUUGUCUGCAUAUAUGACUUAAUUAUGAUCUUCAUCUUUUACAUUAUCUACAUCUUUAGAGCCUAUCAAAAGUUGAUUUGCAUCAGCUGGCCACUUGCGGAGUUUCUUCAUUACCUAAUAGGUACUAUUCUGCUUCUUAUUGCAUCCAUUGUGGCAGUUGCAAAAAGCUCCAAUUUAGCAGGCCUGGUAGCUGGAGCGAUCUUCGGAUUCUUAGCUACAUUUAUGUGCCUCCUAAGUAUAUCGCUCUCUUACAAAAUCUCUUGUAACACUCAGUCAGCAGAUGCUACCGUGUAAAUCUUUUGCUACUUCAAAAUGUGCACACCUCUUGAGGGAAGAGCUUAGAAAAACAUGCAAGAUGGAAUGGUGUACUGAGAUGACUGUGAAAAGCAUUCUUACUGGGCCUAGAGUGCCAUCUUGUGGCACUUUUGAGCUACUUCUGUGGCUACUGUACAGCAGUCUGUUUCAUCCGGUCAAAUUUUUGGAUCCUGGGAGAGAAGAAUAGCUGCAGUAAAAGAUCCUUUGGGAAGGAAAGAGUCCGUAUUUUAAACAAAGAGAAAUUAUCCUCUUUUAAUUCCAGCUGCCAAUACUUCAUAGAUUGAAGACCAAUCUUUAUGACCUAGACCACUAAGGAGAA